AUGGCGAAACGGAUCCUCGUCGCUACCGUGUUUCUGGCCGUUCUCUUCACCGCCACAGCCUCCGCCGGCGGAGAAUUUGCCUGGAUGCCGAUCAGUAAGCCGGCGACUUGUCAAGGCUCUAUCGCGGAGUGCAUGGCCGACGGUGAGUUCGAUAUGUCUUCGGAAAGUAACCGCCGCAUAUUAGCGACGAGUCAGUACAUUAGCUACGGUGCGCUGCAGGCGAACACCGUCCCCUGCUCCAGGCGAGGAGCGUCGUACUACAAUUGUCGACCAGGUGCGGAAGCUAAUCCCUACACUCGAUCGUGUUCUGCCGCAACACAGUGCCGAAGCUAA